UUUCUCCCAUUCUUCCCCGAUCUACUUCUGCUCCUCUCCUCCACCCUCACCUCCUCGAGCCCUCGAGCACUGAUCUCCUCCCACCAAGCCCCUAAGUCGACAACAUCACCCUCAUCUCAGCCUUCCUCGGCCCCUCAGUCUUCUUCGAAGAAUCCAUCCUCUUUCGAAGGCUCCAUCCUCCUUCGAUUCCCAGAUUAAGAAUCAGAGGCUCAAGUUGUGGGAAAACCCAGUGAGGUGACUAAGAAGCCUCCGAUUGCAAGGUGGAUCCAAAUGCACCCAAGCACCCUCACACUGCGUUCUUCCUAUUCAUCUAAGCCGCAUUGCAUCUUCUCUUCUCUAUUAUGCAUGAUUACAUGGUGCUUCAUGUUAAAGUAUGGUUUGUAUGUACAAGGCUGAUUUUAGGAAAUCUUUCAAGGAAGCUAAUCCUGAUUCUAAGGAUGUUAAGAAGGUUGUAAAAGAGGGUGGUGAAAAGUGGAAACUUUUGACUGAUGAGGAGAAGAAGUCUUACAUGUCAAAGCUGAUGAGAUGAAAGCUGAAUUCAAAAAGACCUUGGAGACUGAAGCUGAAGAUGCUGAAGACCAUGGUAUUAAUAGAGGGAUAUUUGGAGUCCCUUCUGCUAAGAAAGCUGAGGUUGAAGGUCUGGUUAAGCAGCUGGAGUCUCAGAAUCCAACUCCAGAUCCUACCGUGAAUUUAGAGAAGCACAAUUACAAUUCUAGGCUCAAGAAGAACAAAGCUGGGAUUGAGGGACUUCAUCUCAUUGGGAGGCUCAAGGCUAAGGCCGCUCGGUUUAAGCAGUUUAGCUUUAGUUCUGGAACAAUGAAGAGUGACAAUGGUUUCAAACCAGGAACAUUUGUUCAAAUUGAAAAGUUACUAGAGCAAAAGUUACCAGGUAGCGGGAUCAAAGCCAGUCCACAUAUUGAGUCUCGGGUGAAGACUCUAAAGAAACAAUAUAAUGCUAUAACAGAUAUGAUUGUCACCAGCAGUGGUUUUUCAUGGAAUGAUGAGAAGAAAAUGAUCAUAUGCAAAAAAGAUCUGUAUGACGGUUGGGUGAAGAGUCAUCCAGCAGCAAAAGGAAUGUGGAUGAAGCCUUUUUCUCAUUUUGACAACUUGGGAAAUGUCUUUGGUAAAGAUCAUGCAAAUGGAAAGCAAGCAGCCAAUGCUACUGAUUAUAUUGAUGAGAUUGAUCUAAACAAUGACGGCCUAGAAGAAAUUGCUGAAAUGAUGACUACUCCUCCACCUGUAGCACCUGUAGCAGUAGAAGGUCAAAAUGAAGCUCCAAGGAAUAGGAAGAGGAAGAGGACAUAUGCAUAUGUUCUAGGGCUGACACAAAUGGUUGGUGCAAUGUCUAAGACUACUGAAGCAAUGGAUAAGCUUGUGGGAAGUCUUGUAGAAUUUGAUCCCAUGCGUCAAGUCUAUGAUAAGGUAUCAAAAGUUGAAGGUUUAAGUACCUUGUCUAAACUGAAAGUAAGUCAGAUUAUCAUGGCUAAUCCUGUGAAAGUCAGUCUUCUUCUCAGUCUUCCUGAAGAUGUUAAAAAAGAAUGGGUGGAGGAAUUGCUUCAGUAA